AUGAAAACCUCAUUUUCUUCGGUUGAAUCUCUAGUCUAUGAGAUCAAGAAAGAGAUGUUUUUGAAUCAAGAUAUUCACCACUUGGUUUCCGCAUCUGCCUAUGACACGGCCUGGUUGACCAUGAUUCCAGACCCUACACAAGUUGACAAACCAAAGUUCGAGAGUUGCCUGAAUUGGGUACUCAACAACCAGAAUGCAGGAGGGUUCUGGGGAGAAUCUUAUGCAGAGGGCCUUCCUACCAUCGAUACUCUUCCAGCGACUCUUGCUUGCAUGGUUGCCCUGAAAACAUGGAAUCUCGGAGAAGAAAACAUAGCAAGAGGGUUAGCAUUCAUUCAUACCACCGCUGAGGUAAUUCUCGAACAACACCGUCAUCAUCUUCCACGGUGGUUUGCCAGUGUUCUCCCAGCAAUGACUGAACUGGCUCAAGCAGCUGGUCUUGAUCUUGUUUUCUCCCAACGAUCCAAGAGGCUGUUAUCCGACCUUUUCCAUCAGAGGCAACAAAUUCUGAAAAUGACUUGCAUGGAGAACCCUGUAGAUUAUUCACAGCAAAAAAUUCCAUCGCUGCUAUGGUAUCUAGAGAGCUUGCCCCCUACGUAUCAUGUUGAUGAACAAAACAUAAUGAAGCACCUAAGUGGAGACGGCUCAAUUCUCCAGUCACCAUCUGCCACAGCUAGCGCAUACUUGAGAACUGGAAGUUCGAAAUGCUUGGAAUACCUUGAGUUCCUCGUUCAAAAAUGUCCUAAUGGAGCAGUGCCCGCUGAGUAUCCCCUGGACGAAGAAUUGAUAAAGCUGUGCUUGGUUGAUCAUGUACAAAGAUUAGGAUUGGCUGAGCACUUCGAAGAGGAGAUUGAAGACAUCCUAAAGCUAGUUUACAAGAACCUCAGGAAACAAGACUUAGAGCCAGCCAACAGGCGUCUUGUGGCUGCAAAACUAUACAAGGACGCGCUGGCUUUUCGGCUUCUUAGGAUGCAAGGCCAUGAUGUUAAGCCAAGUUGCUUUUGUUGGUUCCUUCAGCAUGCUGAUACCCUCGAGUAUAUAGAACAAAAUUGUGAACAACUUACUAGCGUAUUAUAUAAUGUCUAUAGAGCAACGGACGUUAUGUUCAGGAGGGAAUAUGAACUCGAGGAGGCACGCGCAUUUUCUAGGAAAUUGCUGGAGAAAUCGAUCAGUUUCAGCUGUAAGGACGAUGAUCUUGUAAUUUUCCCCGGUCUACAUAAACUAAUUAAGCAUGAGUUGACUCUUCCAUGGAUUACUCGGCUAGAUCAACUUGAUCAGAGGAUGUGGAUCGAAGAGAAUAAAAUCAGCCCCUUGUGGAUUGGAAAGGCAUCCUUCUACAGGUUAUUCCAUCUUCAACAUGAAAAGAUGGUGCAACUUGCUAAUGAAAAUUACAAGCUUCGGCAGUCGGUCUACGCCAAGGAACUAGAACAACUAAAAAGAUGGUCCAAGGAAUCCGGUCUGAGGGAAAUAGGGUUUGGACGAGAGAAAACUGCUUACUGCUAUUUCGCUGUUGCUGCCAGCAGUUGCCUGCCUCGUGAUUCCGUUGUUAGGUUAAUUGUUGCAAAGAUUGCUAUUCUCAUUACAGUUGCUGAUGACUUUUACGACGUGGAAGGUUCCACAAGGGAGUUAAAAAUCUUGACUAAGGCCAUUCAACGAUGGAAUGGUGAAAAUCUCACCGGCCACAGUAAGAUUAUCUUUGAUGCCCUUUGUGACCUGGUCAUGGACAUCGCAAGAAAGUACAACCAUCAACGAGAAGGAAGCAAAUUCUUGAAGGGGAUUAGAGAUAUCUGGCAAGAAACAUUCGGUGCAUGGAUGGUGGAAAGAACAUGGAGUGACACCGGGUACCGAGCAUCCCUUGAUGAAUAUCUGGACAUUGGCAUGAUAUCCAUUGGAGCACAUACGAUCAUUCUCCCAGCUUGUUGUUUCUUAAGCCAAGAUUAUCCAAUCGAAAAGCUCAAGCCUGACAAUUAUGGGAAGAUCACGAAAUUAUUCAUGUCCGCUGCCCGAUUGUUGAAUGACACUCAAAGCUAUCAAAAGGAGCAAAUAGAUGGAAAAAUGAACAUGGUCUUGCUCCACUUGGACGAAAACCCAAACGCGAAAAUUGAUGGCUCCGUUGCAUAUGUGAAAGGUAUUUUGGAGGAGAAGACUAAAGAAUUCCUUGAAAUCGUUCUAAUGGAUGAUGGGCCGGAGGAAAUACCUAAAUCAUGCAAACAUUUCCAUCUAUCCUGCAUGAAAGUCUUUCACAUGUUUUUCAACUCCACCAACCUAUUUGACUCCGAGGAAGAACUGCUUAACGAUAUCAAGAAAGCCGUAUACAUUCCUCCCGAUCUCGAUUCUCAAAUCUCAGACCUUUAUUUACCGCCUCCACCAGAAAAGGAAGAGAUUCUUCAAAUUUCCGCUCGUUGGGAUGUCAACACAACACAGCAUUUUCUUCACGGAAUUGGAAAAGAAAGUGCUGUUUAAUAUUCAAAUAAACAGAUUUGGACGCUAGAUAUGUUGUUGAGCGUGUCCAUUAGCUGUCCCUGAAUAUGGUUACAAUAACUUGCUCUAUUCAUUUUCAACGUCUUUCUUUUUUUUGCCUUUAAAGCAUAAGGGUUUUAAAUGAUAAAGCUCAGUAUUAUGU